AAAGGGAGAACGGGAGGACGAAGCCGUGGAUGUUGACGCCAUCAACGAGCAGCUGGCCCACGUGGAUGUUGACGCCAUUGAAAAGAUUCCCCGAGAAGUACCACGGUGGACUAUGACCGUUCCGAUGCCGAACAUUAUCUACAACUUGGUCAAGGGAGCCGGCAAAGAGGGGAUUUCCAGCAUGUACAUCGUAUUAUCGGACCGUUUUAUUACAGGCCAAUGGAUCAAGUCUUGCAUCGAAUGACCGACUUUCCAUCGAAAUCACAACCAAUAGAAUAUAUCCAUCUAGCUGUUAUCCGUGAGACUAGUAUCACUCACCGUCAGACUCAUUAUCACUACUUCUGCUAUGAAUCGCAUCAACAGCUUGUCAAGGAAGGACUUGCUGUUGAGCCUUGGGCGAUUACAUCAAAGAAGAAAGGCGUCAAGAAAGGAUCGCAAACGGAAGCAUCGGAACGCCCGUCACCUGAGCCCGUUGAAGAACUCGACGAGUACGGCUUUCCGCCUGUUGCCACGAGGCGUCUGGUCAAGAAAGAUGGCUCUGCCAGCCUGGCCGACAGUUCGAAUGUCGGUAAGAGUAAGGAGAAUACGGCGGCAAUGACGGGGAAACCUGGCUGGAAAAAGGGCGUUGCUCGUACUGGCCGACCCCGCAAAUAUCCGAAGGGAGAGGAGCCGUAUCUUUCUGCCAAAAAACGGAAAGCGAUUCUCGAAGCAGCGGCAACAGAAGCAGGGGAAUCACCGAACCCGAGGAAUGGAGAGGGUGAAGACGCCACGACGGAAACGCCCGUGCCAACACCGAAGCGUCGCGGAAGACCACCGAAGAAGCAGAAGACAGACGAUGGUACUCCCGUUGAGCCCAAGCGCCGAGGACGCCCCCCGAAAAACCGUGCCGCGGCGACUAAAGCAAAUACUACACCAGCAACCCCCGCUCAAGGCACCCAGGAAUCAAAAGCCCCAGCUGGAGUCCCCGAGGCAUCAAAAACACCACUUCAAGACUUCCAGGUACCAGAAACUCCAGCUUCUUCCGCAGCGAAAGGCAAGGAAAAACGGGCGAUUCGGGCGACAAAAACUUCUAAGGCCACUGUACCCCCAGUCACUCCUCAAGCCUCUCAAGAAGCAAAUCCGGAUGUCACCGCGCCUGUGUCUGUCGAUGCCACGCCUACCCCAGCGCCUGUAAAGCAGGGCCGUCCACGCAAAACCGCAACACCCAGGACAGUAACACCCAAAACCCCAAGGACCACACGAAAGCGCAAGGCCGUUUCCCCACCCCCCGCGGAGUCAGCUCCAGACAAGCGUAGUCGGGCUGACGCACUCCCUGACACCAACGCUCAAGUGCCCCUUGUGCUAGAAGAGCCUACAGAUGUUCCGAUGGAAGAUGCACCAGCUCCCGAAGCCCUUGAAACAUUGGGUGAGCCGGUUGUCGUUGGGCCACAGGAGAUUGUUUCUGGAGGGGCAGGAAGGAUCCCUGAACCGUCGCCAAUGGCAGAGCCCGUAAACACUCCAAUGAAAAUCGAAGCGGCGCCCGAGAAAGAGCCUGAGCCGCUUGCUCCGGAGCCGAAGAUUGUGUUCAAUAUUGAUGGCAUUCCUGUCGAAAACGAGGGUCUCGAGGAAGGUGACAACGACUCCUACGGAUCCAUUGGCGGAAUGUUAGCCCUUGGUCGCCAGCAAGUGGUCCUGGAUUUGAUGGCGGAGCACGAUGGGGUUUUCCCUGGUGGUAACGAGCUUCGCCACGCCUUCAACCAGAAGUAUAGACAAAGGAAUCCGAAGGCAGGAAUAGCCGAUCGUCGGCUUGUUCGCGGUGUCGUUCAGUCACUUCAAUACAAAGGCAAAAUCAACCAAUUCACCUUCAGCUUCCUAAACGGACGAGGAAUUCUCACAACCAAGAAGCUCUUGGUAGAUAUCAAAAUACCGAUGGAGUCCCCGAUGAUUGCCGAGGCUGUUAGACAGAUGAAGGCUGCUGAUGGAGGUCUUUGGUAUCCACCAGGAGUUGACUUGGCUCCAGAGGUGAAGGAGAAAAUGUUGAAUCCGACGAAUACCUGGGUACAAGCGCCGCAGAGUGCCAUCGAAGAGACCGAGUUCGACAGGAUCUAUCCGACUUCUGUGGAGAAUAUCAAGAAACAGCGCGAAGAGAGAGCGGUAGAACGUGCCGUUAAGAAUGCCCAGAAGGCUGAGGAGAAGCGGGUGCGGCAGGAGAUGCGUGCCUUGAAGAAGAGCGGCAUAAUCUCACAUUACACCGGAAAGUUCACCGAGGAGCAGAAAGAAGAGGCCCGUCGAAGAAAGGCAGAGCUCAGCAACAAGAUCCACAAGCUGCGACACAAGUUUCAGGGACCUAUGGACGACGAAGCUGAGGAAGAUACAGGCCCUCAGACGAUAUGGUGGGAAGACUUCGUUCAGCGUCCUUCCUCUAUUUCUCUUCUUAAAGAUAUUAAGGACGUCCGAAAUUGGGAAAUGCUGAAUAAAUAUGAUAAGUCGCUUAAUCCGGCAAAGGAAGACGGCCUCGUUAUGAUCAAUCACUUUGGACCUGAAGUGGAGGUUGGCGAGGACUUUUCCCAGGUGCCGCCUUCUAUGGAGCACAUCGUGAGAAAUACUGUCUCCAAGACAGGUGGAGUGAAGAGGACUGUUGGGCGCCCUAGCCUGUACAUGGCUGUGCCCAGGCCUCGAGCUAGAAUCGCAAGCUUAACUGGUGUAGAGGAAGAUGACGGUGGUCCGCCGCCGGUUGGCAAAAAGAGACGGCGAAGAAGGGUAUUACAGAAGGAGCCGACAGUUUCCCGUCGCCAGCAGGCAAUGGCCGCUAUUCACCAAACCACUACGCUUGAAACAGUUGAUGAGGAACAGGAAGUGCAUGCCAGGAAGGACUGGAGGUAUAGGAAUAAGUACACGAUUCCGAAGGAAGACGAAGACACCCUUUUGAUUGCCGUGAUCAUUGUCCGGACCAUCUUUGGCAAUGUUGACCGUAAGAUCAACUGGGACCUCGUGAGGAAGGCUACACCCCAGCACUUACCGGUUGUUCUGCAACGCCGUUGGCCACGAGUACGCGACGUUCAUAAGACUCACUUGAAGAAGCUUCAAUCCGAAUUCGAGGAGAUGUACCUUGAGGCUUACGCUAAUGAUGAGCUACCGGUAAUCAAUCUCAAGGACCCCAUGAGUUUUGAUCUGCCACUCCAUGUGAAGUGGUUCCGAGACAACCUUGAGCUCCCUGAGGCUCAUGCUGUUCCUGAACUUUCGGCUAAACGGGAAGUCUUCGACAACUUGUACAAUCUUCGCCUGGAGAAACCAUCGACAUGGCGUGCGGACUAUCACAAUCCGACCUUUACGAUGGGCAAUAGGGCCAACCAUUUUGUGUGCUAUGCCUACGAGGUUCCUAUCAGUCCUGAAGUCGAGAUCAACAAAUCAAGUGAAGUGGUUGACUACGUCAAGUCAAUCAUUAAGGCCAAUGUCAUCACCGAUGCUGCCAGUUACAAUCCUGCCGAAGCCUUCGCGCUUAUCCACGAACAGCCCGAGGAUGCAGUAGACGAGGCUUUCUUCGAAUUGAACAGUAACAAGGUCGUCGCUCACCGCAAGGAGCACAACCGCGUUGCGCCUGGUCGGAAUUACGAGUUGACGGAUAAAUUUCAUUCCUCACUGCGUACUCCUAUGGACGAAAAGCUGUUUGCUCAGGCCCUCAAGUUCGAUCGCAACCUCAAAAACAUGUUUGUUCAGCAACAGGCCGUGGAGCUUUCGCCAUUUUUGAAUGACGGAUCGGUGGCGUGCAUCUUUGAUUUGGUUGCUAAUGGACGGGUAUGUGAUCAAUCUAUUUUCUUAUUUCGCAUUAGCUAAUUUUCAUACAGGUGCGCCUCGAAAAACGCGAGUACAAAGCCAAUGCGAUGGGACUGGUUGACGGC